AUGCCACGCACUCGACCGCUGCUGGCGCUGACGCUGCUCGCGUGGGGCCUCGUGUGCGACGCCGCGGCCGCCCGGACGCACGCGCGGUUCUUCCUGCCUGACGCGGACUUGCAGCAGCAGAGCCUCAAGCCGGUGCAGCAGCAGCUGGAGGCGCUUGGCAUCUCGCAGUUCGAAGCCGACGCCUCGUGGGGGAAAGUAACCACCGACAGCGCCGAGUUCGACCUCGUCUGGAGCGCGGCGACCGUCCCGCCCUUUGCGCAGCUGGAGCUCCCGCACCAGUUCCAAGCCAAGGUGAACCGCCUGCCAGGCGCCGAGCAGCUCACGUCGCCUGACGCCCUCAACCAGCACGUGGCGGCGCAGAAGAAGAAGCACUCCAAGUUCUUCUUCGACUUUGUGCCGGAGCACUUCGAGCUGCCGCGAGACCAGGACAAGCUGAAUGGCGCCUACGAGGACGUGAAGAAGAGAUUCCAGUUCUCGCCCAAGCGCGGACGCGACGGACACGUGUAUAGGCGCUUCCUGCUGCGCGAGAAAGCGGCCGACGGCGACGACCACUUGAGCAAGCGCGCCGAAAUGUUCGUCACGAACGAAGAGCUGCAGACCAAGCUCCAGUCGAGCGAGUUCAAGGGAAAGACGGUGGUCGUGGACCACUACGUGGAGCCGCUGCUGCUGGACAACCACAAGUUCCGCGUCGGAUUCUACGUUGCAGUGACGUCCACCGACCCCCUGCGCGUUUACGUGUAUGACCACCCGCAGAUCAAGAUUGCCAAGGCCGAGUACCCGAGCAAGCUGAAGGUUGACAGCGAUCCUGCCGCCUACAACUUUGACCAGUACAUUGCGCCGUGGGACUUCCCGGAUCUGCAGGCGGAUUUCUACGAGCUCCCGUCUGCUACACGAGUUGGAACCAAUGCGUGGCACGUUCUCAAAAAAUACUUGCGGAAACAGGGCAUCGACACGAAACACUUGCAAGACGAAGUGGAGGCUGCAAUCGCAAAAAUCGUGCUCAGCAGCCGCGACCACUUCCAAAGCGAGCAGGCCAAGGUGAAGCGCGCAGCUGCACGUGAAGGGGAAGAAGGCUCGCCGUCGGAUCUCAAGGACAGUUUCUUCGACUUGUGGAAGUUUGAUUUCGAGUUCGACGACAUGGGCAAGCCGUGGCUAGUUAACGUUGUUUCCAACCCGUCCCUGGAGGGUACGCAGUCCGUCCUUGCAACUGAUGAGGCCGUCAAGCAGCAGGUGCUGCACGACCUCUUAAACCUUGUAGGCGUGCACCCCCAGGCACGUCUUCCAUUUGAGAAGUUCUUCCGUCCGGCUGACGCGAGUUUCUGCUCGGACAAGUGCCGCGACAAGAAUCGUGCAUGGGAUACGUCGUGCUGGUCCUGCCCCGGUUGGUUCUCACCAAACGUUGCGCGGAAACUGUUUGCUGCGUCAACCGAGUACGGACGGCGGGGCAGUUUCAACCUCAUUUUCCCGUCCUUCGAGCAGGAGUUCUCCAAGUACUUGGGCAGUGAGCUUUCCGAGUACGAUAUCGCAUUUGAUCGGUAUUUGAAGUCGCUCUCCAGUGGGUACUCGGAUCUGGAGGACUUCCCGGCAUCCGAUCGUGAGGUUAUCUGCGUUUACCGCGAACACUGCAGCAACCAUGGCGACUGUGUUAAUGGUGUGUGCUCAUGCGACUCCAACUAUGAAGGCCGGACUUGCUACAUCCCGAAGGACUUCGACCACGAGGAGCACAUUCAGCACGAGACGGGAGACACGGGCGGUCAAGACGCGGAGACGUGGAAGGAAAAGGUUGAAAACCUCGUGUGGAACCGCGGCGACUCUCCUGACGGCUCUAAACGACCAAUGACCGGACUUGGGGACACGUCUGCAUCCAGCACGGUGUUCCUCUUGGUGUUGCUCGGAGUUGUUGGGUUCGUGCUCUAUCGCGUCUUCGUGGCGCACGGAUCCAGCGCGGGCUCGGACCUUCCUCACGACGGGAAGGCCAUGUAGCAAGCUUGAAGCUGUAGCCGUGAUGCAAAAAGCGUAAUUGAUAGAACAGACUUUUCUCUCCA